AUGGCCGCGAGCACUGCUGGUGACCGGGUAGAUGUGAGCAGCUACAGCAACAGCAACAGCAGCAGCAGCAGCAGCAGCAGUGACGGCGACCGCGGCCAUGCGGCAGCCAGGAGACAGCCUGGCAGUUCGCAAGCCAGCAGCAGUGGCGGCAGCGGCGACAUGGGCGGCGCCGAGGUGCUUGUCAGCAUGGACGGCAACAUCAGCGGAGGGGCCCUUGUGCUCAGCGGCAGCGGCAGCGAAGGUAGCGGCGGCAGCAGCGCGACAGGGAUCGUCCCCGCGGGCCCUGGCGAGGGCGGCGGCAUUGCUGAGGUCCCCUGGGGCUGGGGCAAGAUCUUCCAGGUCAUGGGCCUCUGGCUGCUGGCCUACGUGGGCCUGGGCCAGGUGGUGGUGCCCCUGGGCCUGGGCCUGGCCGGGCUGGAGUACGAGGAGCUGGGCUACAGGGCCACCGCGCUGCUGCACCUGGCGAUGGACGCGGUGCAGCUGGCCGCCACGCUGGCCAUCCUGGCCCGCUGCCUGCGCCGCUACCAGCCGCGAGCGCGCGGGCUGUUCCCGCUGCGCUGGGCGGGCGGGCGGUGGCUGGGCUGGGUGGCGGCGGGGGCGCUGACGUUCCCGCUGGUGGAGUGGCUGUCCGCGCAGAGCUGGGGCCUCUGGUGCGGCGCGGCGGGCGGGGCGGCAGAGGGGUACGGCGCGCACGUGUGGUGCGCGCAGCUGGAGGCCAGCCUGGGUGGCGGGGACUGGGUGACGGGCGCCGCGUACCUCGCCGUCGUCAGCGUGUGCGCGCCGCUGUGGGAAGAGGCGGUCUUCCGCGGCUUCCUGCUGGCCUCCCUUGCGCGCCAGAUGGGCACCCGCUGGGCCGCGCUGGUGAGCUCGCUGCUGUUUGCGCUCUGCCAUUUCCGCGCCGACACGUUUGCGCCGCUGCUGGUCCUGGGGCUCGUGUUUGGGGGCCUCUUUGUGCGCACCAACAACCUUGCGCCCAGUGUGCUGUGCCACUCCCUCUGGAAUUGCUACGUGCUCCUCAUGCUCACGGUGCGGCACUGA